AUGGUUGCCGAAGAGGAUAAAGUGAAAGAGGUUCUUCAAUUGAUAGACAGUUUUUUUCUGAAGACUACACUACUAAUAUGCUCCACAGAAUCAAGUCGGUACCAGUCUUCCACAGAGAAUAUAUUUCUGUUUGACGACACUUGGUUUGAAGAUCACUCAGAGUUAGUGGGCGAACUGCCCCAGAUAAUAUCAAAAUGGUUUGAUUAUGAUGGUCGAAAAGAUUUGCCACCUUUAGUGAUAGAAACUUACUUGGAUUUGAGACAGUUAAAUUCCUCCCAUUUAGUUAGAUUAAAAGACCAGGAAGGUCAUUUAUGGAACGUUUGUAAAGGAACUAAGAAGCAGGAAAUCGUGAUGGAACGGUGGCUUAUCGAAUUAGAUAAUUCAUCACCAACCUUCAAAUCGCGCCGUGAAGAUGCGACUGAUGUUGAGGAAGUUUCCAAACAGUUGGUUCUACUUUUCCGUUAUUUGUUGACUUUAAUACAAUUAUUACCUGCAACAGAGUUGUAUCAAUUAUUAAUAAAACCCUACAAUGUUUCACAGAGUGAAGGUAAUCCUAACUCAAUAACAAUCACAGAUCCACUGGUCAGCAUCCGGACGCGUGUUCUUGACGGAUCUAAACCAAUUUUGUCGAAGGGAAGAAUAGGAUUAAGCAAACCGAUUAUUAACACCUAUUCCAACGCACUCAAUGAAUCAAACCUGCCAGCUCAUUUAGAUCAAAAGAAAAUCACACCGGUAUGGACAAAAUUUGGGCUUCUGAGAGUUUCAGUAUCGUAUAGGCGAGAUUGGAAAUUUGAAAUUAGCAAUACCAAUGAUGAAUCAUUUUCAGCUAGACAUGUAGUUGCUCCACAUUACUCCCAAGAAUCACAACAUCGGCCAGGACUGGAAGGGCAUGGUGAUCAGCGCAAAGAAGAGCAUUAUCAACAACAACAACAACAACAACAACAACAACAUACGCAGAAUCAGGACCAAACGCAACAACAAAAUCAACAACAAAGGCAGAUACCUGACAGGAGAUCUCUUUCGCUUUCUCCUUGUACAAGAACCAAUUCCUUUGAGCCGCAAUCUUGGCAAAAGAAAGUCUAUCCGACAUCUAGACCUGUUCAGCCGUUUAAAGUCGGUUCGAUUGGAAGUCAAAGUGCGAGCAGAAAUCCUUCUAACUCAUCUUUUUUCAAUCAACAACCAAUUCACAGGCCAAGUAUAAGUUCUAACUCCGGACCACAAAUGAAUAUCGAAGGUACUAGCAUAGGAAGCACCUCAAAGUACUCGUCAUCGUUCGGAAAUAUUCGUCGCCAUUCGAGCGUAAAAACCACGGAAAAUGCUGAAAGACUAUCAAAAGCUAUCAAGAGCCCACUACAACCCCAAGAACCACAGGAAGAUUUAAUGGACUUUGUUAAACUAUUGGAAGAAAAACCUGAUCUGACUAUCAAAAAAAUAACUAGAAAUAACCCUCCCAAUAUUAAUAUUUCUGAUUCAUUAAUUAGAUAUCAAAAUCUGAAACCAAGCAAUGACCUUUUAAGUGAGGAUUUGUCUGUAAGUUUGUCCAUGGAUCCUAAUCAUACAUAUCAUAGAGGAAGGUCAGAUUCCCAUUCCCCAUUGCCUUCGAUUUCCCCUUCGAUGCAUUAUGGAUUGUUGAAUUCAAGAAUGUCUCAGGGUGUAAAUGCAAGUCAUUUGAUUGCUAGAGGAGGUGGGAAUUCAUCUACUAGUGCAUUCAAUAGUAGAAGGAAUUCUUUGGAUAAGAAUGCUAGUAAACAGGGUAUGUCAGGCCUACCUCCUAUUUUUGGUGGCGAGAGUACUUCGUAUCACAACGACAACAAAAUACAAAAGUACAAUCAACUAGGAGAAGAAGAUGAUGAGGAGGAGGACCAUUUGCUUAAUCAAAUGGGAAACAGCAUAACAAAGUUCAAAAGUUCGAUAUCGCCGAGAUCAAUUGAUAGCAUUUCAAGUUCUUUCAUAAAAAGUAGGAUACCUAUCAGACAACCAUACCAUUACUCUCAACCAACUACUGCACCUUUCCAGGCUCAGGCAAAAUUCCAUAAACCUGCAAAUAAACUAAAUGACAAUGGCAAUAGGAGCAAUAGCAACCAUCACAAUCAUAGCGGUAAUGAUGGAGGUGGUACGAUGCAUAAUGAGGAGGACGAUCAAGAUGAUGAUCUAGUGUUUUUUAUGAGUGAUAUGAAUCUUUCUAAAGAUAGCUGA